AUGCGGCCUGAAUCUGCUAUCGACGACAUGUGUAUCUUCACGCAGGAGCUUCAGCGGGGGGCAACGAGCUCCACACUUCUUCUCAGUGCCCUGAAGAAUCGUAACGACUUCCUUCUGCUCGGCCUCGGAAAUAUUCAUGUCGAACGGGUAGAAUACCGUAAAUCUCAGCUACCUGGUAGUUCUUUGGAGCAUGAGUACCUGGUGGUGACGGUGAAGGAAUCGUUGGGAGCUGAGCGGAGAGGGUACCUCUUGGUGGACCGGCUAAAUGAUGACAGUCAAGCCGGCUCGGAUCCAGCCGAUGUGCAAGACAUCGACUUGACAUCAGCUCCCACUUCCUCCUCGACGAGUCUCACCGCUGCACCCCCUAAUCAGUGGGAAAUCACGAACCGUAUUCACCGCGCUGGCGCCGAGAUCAAGAGAUUCAGCAAAUGGGACCCUCCUGAUGCCCUCGACAGAAUCGUCAUCCUACGCAACAUCACCGAAGCUCUGGACGUACAGGGACAAUGCACCUACAACGUCCUCAUGACAAUGGACCUCCAUCUAACCCAACGACGCGUCACCCUCGAGCACUUCCUUCUCCUUGUCAGGACCACUUCGAGGAAUGUCCCCCCAGAUUCCCAGUGCUAUUGGUUUGCCUACACUGUUUGGACAGUUCUCGAACUGGAGACAGGAGCGCCCGUAGAGCGGACGAGGCAUGCUGAACGCCAGGGCACACAUUCUUCCUUGGGCAAGAAACUCGCGGUAGGGAGAGGCAAUGGAGUGAACGAGUCGAGGACACCAGAGAUGAUACAGUUGCAGUGGGAAGCGGAAAAGGUUGACGCAGACCAGGAAUGGGAUGCGUUGCAACAGGCGCUUCGUGCUCCAGAAUUGGCACGGAUAAAGGCAGAGGAAGCACUUCAACAAGAGCGAGCUGCUCGCCAACAAGAUUUAGCAAUCCUUCAACAGGAGCGGGCUGCUCGCAUACAGGCAGAGGCUAAAGUCAACGAGCUCCGAGCAACGUUGACGAAACUUCAGCACUCUACUGGUAACGUGCCCGCUCAUGCGUAG